UGCUUUAAAGUGACACCGAGUCCAUGCUGACCACGUCGGCGAAAGACUGUUAGGGAGUCUAACAAAGCAUUAUUCGGAGACUCCAUGAGUUACAACGAUUCCUGAUGGCAGGUAACAACGACGUCAGAAGACGUACUGGCAACAGACAUAAAGGCAAAGAUGCAGAGAAUGGCGACGGAGAUCACAAAAAGAAAGCCGAUGCAGCCGGUGGAACAUGGAUGGUUUUUGGACUUGUGUUGGUAAUUACUGUAACAUGCGGAGUAGGAUAUUUCGCUUAUUUGCAAUACUGCAAGGGCAUUGUUAACACACCUUUAGCUGUGUCUAAAAUUAACGCAGACAACAGUUCAAGUCCAAUAGUCGAUCCGGAAAGAUUUUGGGGGACGUACCGGUCAAACUUGUACUUUGGAAUGAAAUCAAGAAGUCCCCGUUCACCGGUAUUUGGGCUUAUGUGGCUACAGCAGUUAACGGAGAAGAUGCCACCUCCAAUCCGACAUUGGUGUGAUCAGGACGACCAGCUGAGAAAGUAUGGAUGGCUUAAACACGACGGCAGGAACUUUGGUAUCCAAGAAAUUGAAGAUAAUGGUUUUGUUUUGAGAACAGAAUUUGUCAAAAGAGCUGGUGGGCAACAUGGAGGAGAUUGGACUGCGAGGAUUGUUGCGACAAAUUUGGAACAGAAGAAACCAGUGGUCCUGUCCCUCAUGUUCUAUGUGGCCCUGGAUGGUCAAGGCAGUUUAGAACCCCAGAUGUCGAGAAACAGACUCAGUGGCAUAAGGGGUCAUUCUGAGGAACUUGGCGACUUUACAUUACAUUUCCCAAAGACCAAAACAAAGACACAAACUAAAUACAGCCAUCUCAUAACAUAUACAUCACGGUUAGAUCAGCUCAAAAAUGUGGUAACCAACGCUAUGAAGGUAGAUGCGUGGGACAAACAACGUACUCAGCCUUACUUCGUGCUCGGCGGACGUCUCGUACCACGUGACAGUCCCGGGGGUCCUAAUUUUAUGGUCCAACAAGUCACAGUUGAGCUGCCUUUUGAGAUGGAAAUUGUCUUUGAAUCGGGAAGUGUACUUAACAGACCUGAUACAUUAUCUGAUGAAAUAUUUUUAAAAGAAUUGGCCAAGUACUCGCAAGCAUUCGAUGACAAAUUUUCUGCCACUUUUAAUCUGGAAGGUAAAGGCUAUAGCCAAGAUGAAAGUAACUUUGCUAAAGCUGCUCUCAGUAAUAUGCUUGGUAGUAUUGGCUAUUUCUAUGGAUCCUCCAUCGUCCAGUCCCGUUAUAAUGAGAACCCUGUAGAGUACUGGCCGGCAGCUUUGUACAGUGCUGUUCCUUCAAGAUCAUUCUUCCCACGUGGUUUCCUGUGGGACGAAGGAUUCCAUAAUCUACUGAUCAGCCGAUGGGACAUUGAAAUAUCCAAGGACAUUAUUUCCCAUUGGCUAGAUUUGAUGAACACAGAGGGGUGGAUUCCAAGAGAGCAAAUUCUGGGAGUUGAAGCACAAGCAAGGGUGCCACAGGAAUUUGUUGUUCAGAGAAAUGAAAAUGCAAACCCGCCAACAUUAUUCUUGCCACUUCAAAGAAUAAUCAACCAGAUAUCAUCUUCAAAUAAUCCCAAAGAUCAAACAUUCUUGAAGUUUGUGUACCCGCGUUUGAAAGAAUGGUACAACUGGUACAAUUCAACACAGACAGGAAAGUUGCCUCUCACCUACCGAUGGAGGGGACGGGAUUCAAAGACAAACAAGGAACUGAAUCCCAAAACUCUGACUUCUGGGUUAGAUGACUACCCCAGGGCAUCUCAUCCAUCUGAAGACGAACGCCAUGUUGAUCUGCGAUGCUGGAUGGCAUUUGCAUCUGGUUUGAUGUCAGACAUUGCAGAGGCACUUGGAGAGGAUCCAGCGGAAUAUAAGGCAACACACAAAUUAUUAACCGACAAUAAACUGCUGAAUGAAUUGCACUGGUCCUCCCAGAAGCAGCAAUACUCGGACUAUGGUCUGCACACAGAUAAAGUCCAGUUACAGCGCCCUAAACCCCCAGCAAACUUACAACCUGGACAACCGAAACCACAACUGGAUAAGAUCAGGGCUGUGUCAAAGGAACCAGAGUAUAGAUUCGUUGAUACAUUUGGUUACGUUAGUCUUUUUCCGUUCCUACUCAGAAUAAUUGACACAGAUUCUGUCAAGUUGUUUCAAACUAUGGCCAAAUUACAAAAACCUGAAUAUCUCUGGACUGAAUAUGGAUUGAGGUCAUUGUCUAAAAGUGCAUAUUUAUAUAAUCGAUAUAACACUGAACAUGACCCACCAUAUUGGAGAGGUGCAAUUUGGAUAAACAUGAAUUAUUUAGCUCUGGGAGCUCUUCACCACUAUUCUGUUACGCCUGGAAAAUACCAGGAACUGGCAAAAUCUACAUACAAAAAUUUACGACAAAAUGUUGUACAGAAUAUUUUUAAAGAAUACAGGCGAACAGGUUAUGUAUGGGAACAGUACAGUGAUAAGUUUGGCUCUGGAAAAGGAAGUCAUCCGUUUACGGGCUGGUCUGCUCUCGUUGUCCUCAUCAUGGCCGAGGAAUACUAACCUAAUCCAUACAUAUCCAUGUUGCCAAUAAUGUUCAGGUGAUUGUUAAAAUUAAUUGAAUACAUGUAUAACAUUUUUUCUAAACCAUGAAUCAUUGUGUCAAAUAUUUUUCAUUUUGUAUAAAAAACACUGAAGAAAGUCUCCAUCAAAUUGAAAUAUUUUAUUUCCUUUUUUGUUACCAUAACAUACAUAUUUAUCAGUGUAAUUUUCAUUUACACAAAAAUUUUUGAAGCCUCUCAUUGUAUGUCACUGAAAUGGGUUGGGUAAGCUACACAAUUUCCCAUCACCAGUCGUACCAUUAAACACCUAUCUAGAUCUCCUGCACUUAGAAUAGUAUAAGCAGAAGCUAAACGAAAGCAAAAAUGUCAAUAAUGUAAAUUAUCUAAUGACAAUGGAAAUUGUCAGAGAAAAACAUUGAAGGAAACUAAAGAUACACAGUGGAACCUUAGUAUACAAGACAAUCCUCACACAUUUCCAAUAUCAUAGAUGUUGAUUUGUUUUUAGCUCGCCUGGUCAGAAACGUCCAUAUUUUUCUGUCAUGGAUUAGACUAGCUACUUUUAAUACUCUACAUUGGGGGACCAGUCCCACCUUUUGUAUAAAAUUGGUUCCAAUAUUUCACCCAAUUUGGUCAAGUCCACUGCACUAGUAGAAAUUUUCGGGGAAAUUAAAGAAAGGACAAAGGAGGGAUGCUGUGCCAUGCCCUGCAAGCUAAAUUUGUAAUUGCCACAGAAUUGCCUCUUUGUCCAUAUCAAAUUAAUCCUACCUUGUGAGUGCCAACAUAUCAAUUUUGAACUGAUUCUUUGUAGAAUUGUUGACCAAGAUGCAUCAAAAUCAUGUCAUACUAGUUAAUAUUAUUAUGUUAAGAUGUAAACGAAUUACAGCACAGUGUGCAAAUUAA